UCUUUAAAACUUGAAUAUAGCCGUUUAGAAAUUCCAUUGUGAUAAAGCUGGUCAUCCGCUUAGCUCUUCGUUGCAUUUCAUUUGAAAGUGAAGAAAGAACCUGAGUGAGAUAUCUUGCAGCUGAUUGAUUUCUUGCCUAAUUCUCGCUCAUUCCCGCUUGCAGCUCCUCCCACUCUGUAUUUGGCAAAGGAUCUUUGGCUUCCAACAAACUUAAAAGGAAAGGAAAGGGAAAGCAAAGAAAAGGCAAGAAAGAUGAACGACCUGAUGACAAAAUCCUUCACCAACUAUGUGGAUCUAAAGAAAGAGGCUAUGAAAGAUUUGGACCUUGAAGCUGGGCAUAAUAAUGUGGAGAUGUCAUCUUCCACGACCCAUAUGCACACCGACCUUGGUCUGUUCUUGGAAGAGGCCGAGAAGGUGAAGCAGGAGAUGGGUUCUGUCCGGGACAUUCUGGGCCGUCUACAGCAAGCCAACGAAGAGAGCAAGUCUCUCCACAAGUCUGAGGCUUUGCAGUCCUUGCGCAGCAGAAUUAAUGCGGACAUUAUGACGGUGCUGAAGAAAACCAGGACUAUCAGAUCUCAGCUGGAGGACAUGGACCGCGCCAACGCCGCCAACAGGAGGCUCUCCGCCUACAAAGAAGGCACCCCAAUUUACAGGACCAGAAUUGCCGUCACCAACGGACUGCGAAAGAAGCUCAAGGAGCUUAUGAUGGAUUUCCAGGGCCUGAGGCAGAGGAUGAUGACCGAGUACAAGGAGACUGUGGGGAGACGCUACUUCACGGUGACUGGAGAGCACCCGGAUGAGGAGGUUAUCGAAAAGAUCAUCUCGAAUGGAGAUGGAAACGGCGGCGAGGAGUUUCUUGGGAAGGCCAUACAAGAGCAUGGGAGGGGAAAGGUGCUGGAAACUGUGGUGGAGAUACAGGACAGGCACGACGCGGCGAAGGAGAUUGAGAAGAGCCUGCUGGAGCUGCAUCAGAUAUUCUUAGACAUGGCUGUGAUGGUGGAGGCUCAGGGAGAGCAGAUGGAUGAUAUUGAACACCAUGUCAUGAACGCUUCCCACUAUGUGAAGGAUGGAACCAAACAUCUGAGGACUGCCAAGGGAUACCAGAGGAGCAGCAGGAAGUGGAUGUGUAUUGGAGUCAUAAUCCUGCUCCUGCUCAUUCUUGUCAUUGUCAUCCCCAUUGCCACUAGCUUCGCUAAUUCUUGAAUUCAAUUAGCAGUACUUUGUGUGUUGCUUCAAUUGCUUGUGUUGAGGCCUUGGGGAGGAUGUUAAUGCUGUUUGUUUAGUCUCAUCUGUGGACUUGUUCUUUCUUUUUCUUUUUCUUUUUGGUUGGGUCAAAUUUCCAUCUUUGAAGUUGGAUAUGUUGUUUUGGUUCAUUCUUUUAUUCAUGGAAAUAUGAUUACUGGGCAUCUCUAUUACUA